AUGAAUGGCAGAUAUCUAAUUAGUUCUUUAAUAUGUAGUGUUUCAAGGAAACUGGUUUCAAAACCCACUCGGAUAACAUGUCAUAGACUUUUAGUAAAUGUAAUCAAUGUAAACAUUCGAGAUUACUCCACUCAAAAAAAUCUUGUUGUUGAAGAGAAGAAACACUGUAAUGUAGGCACUAUUGGACAUGUUGAUCAUGGAAAAACAACGCUAACUGCCGCUAUAACGAAAGUACUUUCUAAGGAAGGCACUACCAAGUACAUACCUUACGAUAAAAUUGAUAAGGCACCUGAAGAAAAAGCUAGAGGCAUAACAAUAAAUGCAGCUCAUGUGGGAUAUAGCACUAAGAAUCGUCAUUAUGCUCACACAGACUGUCCUGGCCAUGCUGACUACAUCCGUAAUAUGAUUUCAGGUACUUCACAAAUGGAUGCCGCUAUUCUAGUUGUCGCUGCAACUGAUGGUCCAAUGCCACAAACAAGAGAACACUUAUUGCUUGCUAAACAAGUUGGUGUGCAAUACAUCUUAGUAUUUAUUAAUAAAGUCGAUUUGGUUGAUGAAGAAGUUCUGGAUUUAGUAGAAAUCGAAAUGAGAGACAUGCUUACAGACUUUGGUUAUGAUGGAAAUAAUAUACCUAUAAUAAAAGGGUCCGCUUUAAAGGCACUUAAUGAUGAUCCGUCAGAUAUUGGUGUACCUUCAAUAAACCAUCUUCUAGACUCCUUAGAUAAUCAUGUACCAACAAUAGUCAGAGAUCUAGAAUCCCCUUUCUUGAUGCCCAUAGACAAGGCAUUUACAGUCCCUGGUAGGGGUACAGUUGUCGUUGGGACUAUAAAAAGAGGUGUCAUGAAGAAAAAUGAUGAAGCACAUUUGAUGGGCUUUGGUAUAAAAGUGAAAACAACACUAUCAGAUAUGCAGAUAUUUAGGAGUUCAGUUUUAGAGGCAAUAGCUGGCGAUAAUGUAGGAGUAUUACUAAGAUCAAUAAAACUACGUUCGGUUGAGAGUGGUAUGCUGCUCUGCGCAGCUGGAAGCGAAGAGAUGAGCAACCAUUUCAAAGCUAAGAUAUACUUUUUGGCUCGCAGCGAAGGCGGGAGAAAGAAACCAGUUUUCUCCAAGUACUCUCAGCAAAUGUUCAGUGGAACAUGGAAUAUCGCUUGCAGGAUAGAUUUGGAACCAACAAUAGAGAUGUUAAUGCCUGGUGACCACGCUGAAGUAUACCUAACUUUGCUAGAAGGCAUGGUCAUGACCACAGGUCAGCCUUUUACAAUCAGAGAGAACAAUGUCACUGUGGCUACAGGAAUUGUCACCGAGACAUUAAAAACUAUAGAUGUACCAAAUGGUAAACUAGGCAGAGUGGAGUUAAACCUUUCUAAGGAGUGA